AUGGAGACGUUUCGCUUCCGCCUGAACUGCAUCGAUCACUAUCAAUCUACCCCUACAGACCUCGAUCCCGUGCUACGUCGACGCGCGGGGCCAUCUCAGCGCCAGAAUGCCCCUCUUGUUCCGGUCAUUCGAGUGUUUGGAGCUACCGAGACUGGCCAGAAAGUCUGCGCUCACAUCCAUGGGGCGCUACCCUAUCUAUACUUAGAGUAUACUGGUAGCCUGGACAAGGAGGCUGGUGUUCCAUUCUAUGGUUACAACGUUGGAUACAAGCGCUUCCUUAAGGUCUACCUUCUGAACCCGUUGCAUAUGACCCGAUUCGCAGACCUUCUGUAUCAAGGAGCAAUUUUGAACCGCCCCUUUCAGCCUUACGAAAGUCACCUCCAAUACCUGCUCCAAUGGAUGUGCGAUUACAAUCUAUAUGGGUGCGCCUACAUUGAUUGUUCCAAGGUCCAGUUUAGAAGCCCCGUGCCUGACAAGGAGGAGAUCGACACUACAGCCCACAGAUGGCAUGAUGGGUCAAUCCCAGAGCAAUGCAUCACCGAAUCCGAUCAGUAUCCUCGCCAGAGCCAUUGCACCCUUGAAGUCGAUGUUUGUGUUCAGGACAUCCUUAAUCGAUGCGAGGUAGAAUCUCGCCCAAUACAUCAUGACUUCCUUGAGCGUUUCAAUGACAUGAAGCCGGAUGACAAAUUCGUCCCUUCGAUGGCUGGGUUAUGGAGAGACGAGACACGUCGUCGAAAACUGCGUAUGGGUCUUACCGAUCCUUCUAGUAGUCCAUUUCCAGCUGAAGUACUAGUAUCUAUGUCUGCUGAUCCAAGAAACACCAAUAAAGGAGGUUGGAUACAUGAAGAGGAGUAUAGAGAACUUAUAGAAAAGCUAAUUCAAGAGGAGGACGAAAAGGACCCUACGGCAACCUUUGAAACCUUUGUCAAGCAGGUAGAGGGUGAAGAGCAUAUCAAGUCAGCUGUUGAGAGUGUCGAAGACCUUUACCCGUGGAAUCUCCAACUUGAAAGCCCAGGCCCAGAAGAGCAGGUACAUGGAGGCGUGGACGUACGGCCAAGUGCUGUGGAGAGUGAGAUGCCGGGAGGGGAGCUUAAUGAAAACGAAAUCUUAGAGAGCGGUGAUCAGGAAGAAGAGGAUGUCGAAGAUCAAUCAGAUGUGGAAGAUCCGCUGUCGUUGGAUCCGUUAAGCGUCUCAGAAGCAUUACUUGACAGUUCUGACCUACGAGAAGACUCCAAAGAAGAGGACAUUGACGAGGGAUUCCAUUUAGAUGACGGAGAUCAAGGCGAAGAGUCGGAUACGUCGAGCACCUCACGGAAACGGCAUCAUCACGAUCCUAGAGAACCAUUGAUCAAGCGACGAAGACUACUAAUAGGCCCAUCCCAGAAGGAUUCGCAACGGGUUUCUUUUCGGGAUAAAGUGGACGGAGCAGAUACCGAGCAGUCGAGUAUUUUACCCCAGAAAAACAUUGGUGAUUCCCUAUCUCGGCAUAGCCAGUCCUCGCAGACCAGUAUCAAGGCUCAAGGGGUAUCUAUGUCUACCACCCUAUCUUUUCCUGUCGUGAAAAAUCCGAGUGCACCAGAGACUAUACUUCGUCUCAGUCAAUCUGUCGAGGGUACCAUGAUGGACGCUGGGUUACCUCCAGUCAUUUACCAGGAUGCAUAUUAUAGUGAUGAAAGUGACGUACCUGAUCGACCACGAGAGUAUGCCGGUCGAGAAUUCAGACUUCAAAGUUCAACGUUGCCCUACCUGCCUGCCUUCAAUCCGACUGGUACCUCGGCUGCCAGUUUUGGACAGCACCCGCCGAUCGUCUUGGAUAGAACUAAAGAAGAUACGCUCAAUCGCAUCCGAAGACAUAGAUGUACACUUCGUCAUUGGGAAAUCCAUACCGCACCACCAUCGUUUGAGGAAGUCGACGCCUGGUUCCACCUGGAAUUCGGACGAGACCCUACCCGAACUCCCGAAAUGAAACCCAAAACAGAAUCGAAAACUUUUUCGAAGGAGUUAUCACAAAUUGAAGGACCUACACAAAAGAACAAGCAUGGAUUUAAAGAUUCUCAACAGCGUCAAUCCACGAGCGUCAAACACGAAACUCAAUACAUGAGUAUUAUGAGUCUAGAAGUACAUAUCAACUCGAGGGGCUCCUUGGUCCCAGAUCCAGCCGAAGAUGAGAUUGGCUGCAUUUUCUGGUGCAUUCAAGGCGAGGAAGAUGCGAGUGACGAUCGUCCCCGAGUUGGUAUUCUUUGCCUUUCCGAAGAAGAUGGCAUUGCUAAGCGCAUCAAGAAGCAAGUGUCCGUGGAGGUGGAAUACGAGGAAGACGAACUCGAGCUCAUUAAUAGGAUGGUAGACAUUGUCCGCCAAUUUGAUCCCGAUAUUAUCACCGGCUAUGAAGUUCACAAUAGCUCAUGGGGUUACCUCAUAGAACGAGCGCGGAUGAAAUACGAAUAUAACCUAUGCGACGAGAUCUCCAGAGUAAAGUCGCAAUCUCACGGCAGAUUCGGGAAAGAAGCGGAUCGCUGGGGAUUCACCCAUACCUCCACCAUUCGAGUUACGGGCCGCCAUAUGAUCAAUAUCUGGCGUGCAAUGCGAGGAGAACUAAAUCUCCUCCAGUACACAAUGGAGAAUGUUGUAUUCCAUCUACUCCACAAACGUAUACCUCACUACCUGCACUCCGACCUAACUGCCUGGUAUACAAGCUCCAAGUCACGCGACUUGGCAAAGGUCCUUCAAUACUACAUUUCCAGAGUCCAGUUGAACCUCGACAUAUUGGAGGCAAACGAGAUCGUUCCCCGCACAAGCGAACAGGCUCGCCUUCUUGGUGUCGACUUCUUCUCGGUUAUAUCUCGCGGGUCUCAAUUUAAGGUCGAAUCUACCAUGUUCCGAAUCGCAAAACCCGAAAAUUUCAUCCUCGUCUCUCCCAGUCGCAAGCAAGUAGGCCAUCAAAACGCGUUAGAAUGCCUACCAUUAGUUAUGGAGCCUCAAAGCGCCUUCUAUAGUAGUCCUCUCCUUGUACUAGAUUUCCAGUCUCUCUACCCUAGCGUGAUGAUUGCAUACAACUACUGCUACUCUACAUGCCUUGGCCGAGUCGUGAGCUGGCGCGGUCGCAACAAAAUGGGCUUCAUGGACAUCAAACGGGAACCCCAGCUGUUAAAGCUCGUAAAAGACUACAUUAAUAUUGCUCCGAACGGAAUGAUGUAUGUUAAACCGGAGAUGCGGAAGUCAUUAUUAGCUAAGAUGCUGGGCGAGAUCCUCGAGACGCGUGUUAUGGUGAAGAGUGGGAUGAAAAUAGACAAAGACGAUAAGAUGCUGCAACAGCUGUUGAACAAUAGGCAGCUGGCCCUCAAGCUGCUUGCUAAUGUCACAUAUGGAUACACAUCAGCCUCCUUCUCAGGUCGCAUGCCUUGCUCUGAAAUAGCAGACAGCAUCGUGCAGACUGGGCGAGAGACUUUAGAAAAGGCCAUCGCUUUGAUUCACUCGGUCGAGAAAUGGGGCGCUGAGGUCGUCUAUGGGGAUACGGAUUCCCUUUUUGUCUACCUCAAGGGUCGCACUCGGGAUCAAGCCUUUGUUAUUGGCGAAGAAAUCGCAGAGGCAGUGACCAAAGCAAAUCCACGCCCAGUCAAGCUCAAGUUUGAGAAGGUGUAUCACCCCUGCGUCCUCCUAGCCAAGAAACGUUAUGUCGGCUUCAAAUACGAAUCCCGAUCUCAGAAGGAGCCCGAGUUCGAUGCCAAAGGUAUUGAAACCGUUCGUCGAGAUGGUACACCUGCCGAGCAAAAGAUUGAGGAGAAAGCCCUGAAGAUUCUUUUUCGAACGAGUGAUCUAUCGGAAGUGAAAAGGUACUUCCAGAGCCAGUGCACCAAAAUCAUGUCUGGUCACAUCAGUGUCCAAGACUUCCUCUUUGCCAAAGAAGUCAAAUUAGGCACAUAUUCCGACCGCGGGCCGCCUCCACCAGGCGCUCUCAUCGCAGCAAAGCGCAUGCUUGCGGAUCCAAGGACUGAACCCCAAUACGGCGAGCGAGUCCCAUAUGUCGUUAUUACAGGCGCACCCGGUGCCCGUCUCAUCGACCGAUGCGUCAGCCCGGAGAUGCUCCUCCAAAACGACCAUAUCGAGCUUGACGCGGAGUACUACAUUUCGAAGAAUCUCAUUCCACCACUUGAACGCAUCUUCAACCUCGUCGGCGCAAACGUACGACAAUGGUAUGAUGAGAUGCCAAAAGUCCAACGUAUCCGCAGCAUCACACUCCCCAUCAGCAAACCCGAUGCCGGAAAUGGAAACUCUCUUCUCUCAGGCGGAACAACGAAUCUUAAGAAGACGCUUGAAAGCUACAUGAAAAGCUCUAUAUGCCUAGUAUGCCGCUACAAACUCCCUCCUCUUCCUCCCAUGGUUCCUGGAAUGGAACUCGAUGCAUUUGCUUUGCUGCCACUUUGCUCUACGUGUCUUGCGAGACCGGCGAGGGCGUUGCUAGCACUGAAAGAUAGGCUGUGGAAAACGGAACAGCGUGCUAAGCAGAUUAAUAUGGUGUGUCGGAGUUGCUCAGGGUUAGCAUGGGGGGAAGAAGUUAAGUGUAAUAGUAGGGAUUGCCCCGUGUUUUAUACACGUAUAAGGGAACGUGCCAAGUUGGUAGGGCUGAAAGAAAGUAUAGGGAAUGUCGUUGAGGUUUUGGAGGAGGAGAGAGGUGAGGCUAAAGUCAACGUUGCGCAAGAAGAGGACGAAGAGGAGGAGGAUAUUCUAAGUGAAGACCUGGAAUGGUAG